CCGCCAAGAUUGGUGACAAGGCUCGCCGGAGCCAAAACUCAUUCUUUCUCUCUCUUCAAUUUUCCAUCUCUUCAAUUGUCCAGAGAAAGUGCCAGAAAAAAGUUAAAGAGAUGCUUCAAAAGAGCUCCAACGCAGUGUUUUCGAGCUCCUCUGAAUCCUCCUCAUUCUUUGCUUUCAGACCAUCUCAGUCUCUUUUACCGCCGCCUACACCUCUCUCACUCCGCUUUUUCUCCAUGACCGCCGACGAUGACCAACCCCACCACCGCAAGCUUCACCUGCGCCACUCUUCUACUUCUUCUUUCAAGCUCCUCAAUCCCGUCCUCGCUUGCCGCGCCUCACCUGACUCUCACCAGACCAGCUCCUCUCUCAGGAAUGAUGAUGGCUCCCCAGUUCAUGGACUAUCCGAAACGAUUGUUGGCGUGUUAGGAGGAGGCCAAUUGGGUCGUAUGCUAUGCCAAGCAGCUUCAAAAAUGGCCAUUAAAGUCAUGGUUUUGGACCCUUCAGAGAAUUGCCCAGCUAGUGCCCUCGCUUAUGAUCAUAUGGUUGGGAGCUUCGAUGACAGCGCUACUGUUCAAGAAUUUGCAAAAAGAUGUGGAGUUUUGACGGUUGAAAUUGAACAUGUGGAUGUUGCCACUCUAGAGAGGCUUGAGCAACAAGGAGUGGAUUGCGAACCUAGAGCUUCUACCAUUCGAAUUAUCCAAGAUAAAUAUCUCCAGAAAGUUCAUUUUUCUCAGCAUGCCAUUCCACUUCCUGAGUUUAUGGAGAUUGAUGAUCUUGAAGGAGCCAAGAGAGCAGGUGACCUAUUUGGCUAUCCUCUUAUGAUAAAGAGCAAGAGGUUAGCUUAUGAUGGGCGUGGAAAUGCUGUUGCGAAGAGUGAAGAGGAGCUUCCUUCUGCCGUAUCUGCUCUUGGUGGAUUUGGUCGUGGUUUGUAUGUUGAGAAAUGGGCUCCUUUUGUAAAGGAGUUGGCAGUUAUUGUAGCUAGAGGAAGAGACAACUCUAUCUUGUGCUAUCCAGUUGUUGAAACUAUUCACAAGGAAAACAUAUGUCACAUCGUUAAGGCACCUGCUGAUGUGCCAUGGAAGAUCAGGAAACUUGCAAAUGAUGUUGCAUAUAAAGCUAUUAGUUCAUUAGAAGGUGCUGGUGUCUUUGCAGUGGAGUUGUUUUUGACGAAGGAUGGCCAGAUUCUUCUAAAUGAAGUAGCUCCCAGACCUCAUAAUAGUGGUCAUCACACAAUUGAGUCCUGCUAUACAUCACAAUUUGAACAACAUUUACGGGCUGUUGUUGGUCUUCCUCUUGGUGAUCCAUCCAUGAAAACUCCAGCUGCUAUCAUGUACAAUCUUCUGGGUGAGGAUGAGGGGGAACCUGGUUUCAAAAUGGCUCAUCAACUGAUAGCAAGGGCACUGGAGAUUCCAGGGGCUACUGUUCAUUGGUAUGAUAAGCCAGAAAUGCGAAAGCAAAGAAAGAUGGGUCAUAUAACUCUUGUUGGCCCUUCUAUGGGUGUUGUGGAAGCACGACUGAAUUCAAUGCUGAAGGAAGAAGUGUCUGAAAAUCAGAAUGAAGUUUCACCACGUGUUGGGAUUAUAAUGGGAUCUGAUUCAGAUCUUCCAGUAAUGAAGGAUGCUGCAAGAAUCUUAGAUAUGUUUGGUGUGUCUUGUGAGGUUAGAAUAGUCUCAGCGCACCGAACCCCUGAACUGAUGUUUUCUUAUGCCUCCUCUGCUCGGGAGCGAGGAAUUCAGGUUAUCAUUGCUGGCGCUGGUGGUGCAGCUCACUUACCAGGUAUGGUAGCUGCACUCACACCGUUACCUGUUAUUGGUGUCCCAGUCCGGGCUUCUACAUUGGAUGGAAUAGAUUCACUCCUGUCAAUAGUGCAGAUGCCAAGGGGUGUCCCAGUUGCGACAGUUGCAGUAAACAAUGCUACUAAUGCAGGAUUGCUUGCAGUACGGAUGUUGGGAGUUGGUGAUGCUGAUUUAUUGGCAAGAAUGAGUCAGUAUCAAGAAGACACAAGGGACGAUGUCUUGACAAAAGCCCAAAGGCUACAAAACAAUGGUUGGGAAGCUUAUUUAAAUCACUGAGUAACGACUCACUCCUAUUUUUGCCAUUCCUUUCUAAAAUUCACCACAAGCUGAGAAGAACACAUGUUCACCUCAAAUACCAAAUACCAGCCCUGUCAUGAUUUCGGCAUCUAGAUUUGGAUUGAGACACCACGGCUACAAUCUGAUCAAACUUGAGUGCUAAUGAAUAGUAGCGGCAUUGUAUCAUUUGGAAAUAACAAAAAGUAAAAAGAAAGGGGAGAACUGAUGAGAAAAACAGGUGAAGGGGACCAAGAACAAACCUUGUACCCUUGUGUUGUUCUAAGAUCAUUCUUUUUUUUUUUCCUUUUUUUUGUCAGUUAAUCAAUUGAAUCCAUCUGUUUAGUUCAGUGACUUGUUAUGGAGACUAAUCUAUCUUUUGCAUGCUCAAGAGAGUAAUACAAACAGUUGAUCUUCUCCCAACA